GAGAGCUGACACAUGUCCAGCUAAUGAAAGGAGGAGGAAGGCUGGUCCCAGGCUGUGCUCAGAGAUCAGGAGCAGGGGAAGAGGAGCAUUUUAUUCCUAUUUCAAAUAAAUUUGGCUUCUUGGGCAUCUGGAUUGUGGUCAUCUGGGCAUCUCGGUUGCUAGUGAGAAGAGGGUGCCAGCGAUGCCUGGAUCCCCCGUGGAAGUGAAAAUACAGUCAAGAUCGUCACCUCCCACCAUGCCUCCACGGCCACCUAUCAACCCUGGCGGGCCCCGGCCGGGCUCCUUCACCCCUACAGCAUUAUCCAACGGGAUUAACCAUUCACCACCCACCUUGAACGGCGCUCCAUCCCCACCACAGAGAUUCAGCAAUGGCCCUGCGUCCUCCUCGUCCUCAUCACUCACCAAUCAGCAGCUUCCCGCUACCUGUGGGGCCCGGCAGCUCAGCAAACUGAAGCGCUUUCUGACUACCCUCCAGCAGUUUGGUAAUGACAUUUCCCCCGAGAUUGGAGAGAAGGUUCGGACCCUCGUGCUGGCUUUGGUAAACUCCACGGUGACCAUUGAGGAAUUCCAUUGUAAGCUGCAAGAGGCCACCAACUUUCCUCUUCGUCCCUUUGUGAUUCCAUUCUUGAAGGCCAACCUUCCCCUGUUACAGAGGGAGCUGCUGCACUGUGCCCGGGCAGCCAAGCAGACCCCUUCCCAGUACCUGGCCCAGCACGAACACCUCCUGCUCAACACGAAUACCACCUCCCCAGCUGACUCUGCAGAGCUUCUUAUCGAAGUCCAUGGGAAUGGCAAGAGACACAGUCCCGACAGGAGAGAAGACACCAGCUUCGAGAGAGACCCAGUCCCCCCUGAGCCUCCCGCCAAGAGAGUGUGCACCAUCAGCCCUGCUCCCCGGCACAGCCCGGCUCUCUCCCUGCCCCUCAUGAAUCCUGGUGGGCAGUUCCAUCCCACCCCGCCGCCUCUCCAGCAUUACACCUUGGAAGAUUUUGCCACUUCACACUUAUACAGGGACUCCACCAAGAUGCUAGAACAUCGAGAAAUCCGUGGUGGUGGUAGUGGUGGCGGUGGUGGUGGCGGUGGUGACCGACAUCAUGGGCUCGGCUUAAAUGGAGGAUACCAGGAGGAGCUGGUGGACCACCGUUUGACAGAGAGAGAAUGGGCUGACGAGUGGAAACAUCUCGAUCAUGCUCUGAAUUGCAUCAUGGAGAUGGUAGAGAAAACCCGACGUUCCAUGGCCGUCCUGAGGCGCUGCCAGGAAACCGAUCGGGAAGAACUCAACUUUUGGAAGAGACGAUGCAGUGAGAGCACAGAGACCAGGAAAGCCGGGAGUGAGCUCAUCUCCAGGCAGCACAGCCCAGGAAGCUCAGACUCACUCAGCAAUGAUUCCCAGCGUGAGUUCAGCAGUAGGUCAGGAACAGGCUAUGUCACUGAAGAGAUCUGGAAGAAAGCUGAAGAAGCCGUGAAUGAGGUGAAGCGGCAGGCCAUGUCGGAAGUGCAGAAGGCUGUGGCAGAGGCUGAGCAGAAGGCCUUUGAGAUGAUCGCAUCAGAGAGAGCCCGCAUGGAGCAAACCAUCGCAGAUGCCAAGCGCCAGGCCACUGAAGAUGCGUUCCUGGUUAUAAAUGAGCAGGAAGAGUCCACUGAGAGCUGCUGGAACUGUGGACGAAAAGCCAGUGAGACUUGCAGCGGCUGCAACAUUGCUCGGUACUGUGGCUCCUUCUGCCAGCACAAGGACUGGGAGCGUCACCACCGCAUCUGCGGCCAGGGUCCCCACAGUCAGAGCAAACCACUCCUCCCGCCCAGCGGCCGAGUCUCCGUCACCAAAGCUGCCGAUGGAGGGCUGAGCCCAGCCCUGGACAAGACCUCGGCGGCCACCUCAAGGUCCUCGACUCCUGCCUCAGUGACAGCCAUAGACACCAACGGACUCUGAGCAGGGCUGGUCGUCGGCUCCUUUGUGGUCACUUCAUUACCACCACAACCAGCCCCUUGGGGUACCAUGAGAAGGCAGCGGUUUCAGUUGAUACACGCACCUGUCAAACCAUUGGCACAUACCAUCUCAUCAGAGCAGGCAGCAGGGGACAGAGACAGCUUCUUUCAUUAUCUGUCAUAUUCCCCAGGGGACAAGAUGACCAGCAGCUCCCCCAGGGAUGACUGAUGGCUUUUCCAAAGUCUUGCUGGCCAAACAUGGCUUUACUAAGGCUUCACAUGUUUUUCUCCCAUGCCAGGGUGUCCAGCCACCGUGCAUGGAGGUGGUGACCAUUGCAUUACUUUCUUCAUUUCAGAUUGCUAGUUCAAACAGCCCCUGGCUCCAACUUCCCUUUCCUUGCCUUGCUCUUGAGCGCCUUUGUUCCGAGCUUUAGAUGGUUUAGGCCCCUUCUCUGUCUUGCCUGGCCCACAAGCCCCCCCAGAGCACUUUGUUCUAAAGACAGUGAAAUGGAAUCAGUCACAGAACAAGUCAGAUCUGGAAGGAACCUCAAAGACCAGCUACGCCAGCCUGUAGCUGAACAGGAAGCUCCUCCAUGGUAUCCCUGACCAGUGAACGUAACGGCAUUUGCUUUAAAGACAUCUAGUGAUGGGAACCUGCUACAUACUGCCGGCCUAGAGCACGGUGUUCUCACCCUCAUGCCUAGUCCCUGGUGGGUACCAAGGAUCCCAGUUUGAGCAACUGGGGAGAAUGUGACCCCCAAAGCUACUUAACUCAUUGAGCCACAUUGUCAGGCUGGAGUCCAGAAAUCCCAGGCCUGACAGGACCUUCUGCAAGGAGAAAAGCCACCACCCCUUGCACUCUGACCUCCCAGAGCCCAGUGUAGGGUCAGCUCAGACCUGGAUGGGGAGGAGGAGCUGAAUGUUUCAUUAAACGCGUUAGUUAUGAUUUCUAUGGAUGGAUGUAUUAGUUAUCCCUGCUCAGUUUGGGCUGGAGCCUCCCUCUCACUGGCUGCUGAGGUGCGGUUUGGGACCAUGAGGAGGAUGUGUCCUGAUUUUUCUUUAAUUCGUUUUGGGCUAUGCAGAGAACAUCUUAUCCACUGCAUGGAAGAUAAUAUCUUUUAUAUUUCUAUAGAAACGGCUUUUUUAAGAGAGCACAAGAGAGAGAAAUUGAAUUUAUUGUUAGCCCACUCUCUCCAAGCAUGUUGGCCAAAACUAUGACUAUCAAGUUUAGAAACUGCAGACUCCGAUGUCCAGAGCUCCAUGGACUGGAGUAUCAACUAUACGUCCCAGGUCAUACUUGUCCAGGUCCCCGAGUUUCUUCCUGACGUGCCUGUGAGUCCAGGUAUGGUAUCCCCUCACGCAGGAUGUGAAACAAAGCAGGCUGAGUUGAAUGCAGCCUGGCACAAGGUAGCUAUGGGGCCUGCCCAGCCAGUCAAGUGAGGCCCUAGGUUUGGCUUUUUUCUUUUUUGGUUUUUGUUUUGUUGGUGGGAUUGUUUUGGUUUUUGUUUUAUAAAGGAAGCAUGUGCCAUGUCCAAAAAGAUCUCUCCAGCUUCUGUACUUUCAGAUACUCAAACAGCCAUCAUCUGUCUUGUUUACCAUCCACAGGCUACAUGGUGCUUUAUCAAACAGUCAGUCCAAUCCAGUGAGUAUUUACUAAUUGUCUCCUAGGUGCUAGGGCCUCAGACAACACAGACAAAAUGGAAAAAAUUGGUACUGACUCUCGAGGGGUUUACAUCCUCCCAUUUAAAAGCAUCCUCCCUCCCACAGCUGCCCCGUUGAUGCAAGAAAUGAAAUUACAUUUCCUCUGAGGAACUCCAGCCCUUGGAAGCUUGAGGAAAAUCUCAUGGAAAAGAGAGAGAGAAGCACAUUGAUAAUAGCCAGCCUGCCACGGCUGCCUAGCUGGAGUGGGGGCAGAGAGGGAGCACUGAGCUCCCUAGGGAAACAUCCUUGAUCCUACAAGCCUCUCACCAUUUACAAAUAGCUGAGCCUUGUUUCUUCUGGUGGUUCGGUGGAACUUAGACCAACACGUUCUCCCCCACGUGCAGGGCCACACUUGGAAUAUGUGACCAGCAUUACAGGUUCAAUACAGGAGCACAUAGUAAGUAACCUAAGAGGGCCCACCGUACUCAUCUUGUCUGCCAGACAGGGUCGGGCCAGUCACCAUGAGUUAUGGAAGUAUCUAGUAGAUCAGAAGGGUCUCCUACCCAAAAAGACAAAGAAGGUUCCAAAGAUUCACUCCUAUGGCAGCGAGUGACCCAAGCCUGGACUGACAUCUCCACAGAGAAGAGACAAGUGAUAAAUCCCAAAGAGGAAUUGAUGAGAGAGGAGAGAAAAAAAUGUUUCACAUCGGGAGCAUCAUUGAAUCAGGUAUACCUCACUUUAAGAAAGCCCAGCAAUGACUAGAAAACAAACUAUCCAUUCACUUUCUGAAGAAGUUGCUGUAGGAUAACACUAGUAUAUUCACAGGGCAAGUUAUAUUGGGCAAAACAAGGUAUGCUUGAAGAAAGGAUAACAGCACAAAACGUAAAGUGUAGGAUAACAAGAUUGCUUCCCACUCUGGAUCUCUGUAUUUUGUAGCGAACCCCAGGACAGCUUAGUCGGUAGUUAAUGCCCAUUCCUGCCUAUGAGAGGGAGGCCGAUGCUGUUUGUGCUUUUCAGUGCAUCUGGAUUUCAGCCGUGCCAUCACAGAGUAUCCACAUGGAGACAAUGGGGCUAGGUAAUGAUAGCCAGGUUAAGCGGCCUCAGAACUGGUUGAACAAUUGGCCCCAAGGAGCAAGAAUUAAUGGAUUUGUGUCAAGUGGGGAGGGAAGGGUCUCCAGUGAUGGCCACCAGGUACCAUCCUUAUUAACGUUUUUAUCAGUGGCUUUGAAAAAGGCCUUGUUUAUUCAGCUGGUAGGCUAGCUAACGUGUGGGACUAAAAAGUCCGCUACAAAGAUGUUCAGUAGGUUUCAAAAGAUAGGCUGACCAUUGAAAUUAAACAGGGACCACUGAAAACCUUGGAUAUUUAAGCUCAAAAAAUCCAUUACAUAAAGGCAGAAUUGGGGUGUCUAGAUCAACAGCUGUUCAGGUGACAAAGACCAAGAAGCUUUAGGAUGAACCAGCAGUGUGGCAUGGCUGGUUAAAGAAGCUAUCACAGUCUUGGGCUCCACGUCUAGAGGUGCAGUGCCCAGCAUGAGGGCGAGGUCAGCCCUGCUGUCCUCCAUCUAGUCAGACCCCACUGAGAGUUUUGUUCCAUUUGGGGGCCACAUUUACAAGUUAGAGCAUGGUCGAGAACUGAGCACCGGAAGUGGUGAGAGGACAUGAAAUCAUGUUCUGCUGAAAGAACUGGGGAUGUUUAGACCGGGGGAAAAGUAGGAGAUGGCACAUGAUUAAUGCCUUUUUAUGGCUAAGGAAGAGGAAUCGGAGGACUUCUGCUUGGCCCCAGAGGCCUGAGUGAGGAGGGAUAGGUGGAAGUUACAGGGAAGAAUAUUUGAGGUCAAUAUAAGGAAAAGGAGCAGCCAGCCAAGAAUGGAACAAGUAGCUUUGUUUUUGGAUACUGAGCUUCCGGUCACUGGAAGUAUUCAAGUAGGCUAGAUAGCCAUCCAUCGGGGACACUGUAGGAGAGUUCCUGCACCAGGUCGGGGGUGAGCUCUACGGUCUCUACAUGCUCUGAUUCCAUGGAAACAAAGAUUUUACCCUAAUGCCCAUUUCCAAAGAUGAUGAAACUGACGAGGUGGGAGGAGUCAGGGAGGUUGACCAGGUGCUAGCGUGUUCCCUGUAGAUGGUGCUCCCCUUGCUCCAGGAGGCCAUUGCUAGACCCACAUCCACCCCACAUGCCCUGUUGCAUUGCAAUGUAUUUCUCAAACCAAAUAGGUGUGCUUGUGUGUGUCUGUCCGUCUCGACUGUCUCUCUUAGGGUGAAAACCCAUCGCAGCUGUGGGAAAUGUGCAAAGAGCGAGUCGGCAGCGGAGAAACAGCAAAAGGUGUUGUCGUCCAAGAGGGCACCCUUGGUCUCCCAGGGCCCCAGCAAAGGCAGGGAUUGUCUUACACGCUGGCAUUCCGAGUUUCUGGGGAGGCAACGAAAGUGGUUCCGUGUCUGAGGCAUGACGAGAAUGUAAAUAAGAUGUGCGCCAACAGCCCCCAGUGGUGGUUUGUAAAAGAGGGUGAUUGGGAUAAAACCACAGGACUGAGGAGAGGACAGUGGAUUGUUUUCUAUCUUCUUUGCCAUUUAACCCGAAUAGCAAAAUUUUUUUGUCGUUACUUAAUUCCAUGCAUAACUUAUUUAAUGUCUUGUAUAAAGGAACCAAAAUUGUUAAAUAUGUAUUUAGUUUGUUCUACUUUAAGUAGUCAAUAAAAGGCUAUAUUCCUUUUCU